CGGUGGUGGUUGCCUUCUUCGUGUGCUCUUCUGCGCCUCGUUCUGCACGUUUUUCGGUCUCCGUUCGCUGCGUCAAGAGAGCAGCUAUUCAUGAUGGCAGAAAGGAAUUUGGAUCGGGUGAGUGUGAGCAGUCAAGAUAGUCAGGACCACUUGACUGGAUCACUCCAUUUGGACAACUCUGUAGCAUUCCAUCGACUAGCCAAAAAUCGUACAUUAAGUGAACCUCUUAUUGACUGCAAUGACAUUGAAUCGUCCUAUCGUGAUACAUCACCGGUGAUUCGUUUCACUCGAAGUGUUGACUCUCAGUUAGGUCGACUGAGUCGAACAAGCAUGCCAAGUGCUCUGAUAGGACAAGGAAGAGCAAAAACUGCACAAGAGCGUUACAUUGAUGCCUCAGUCUAUAUUCAAGAAGGUGAAGACAAUGACAAGUUUACAACACACCCAACUACACAAGGUGCAAUGACUGGAUAUCGUCUCAUCCACAACCAUGUGGCUUGGACAUUGGACCUUAUUGCAUCGAUUUUGAUUUUGGUCAUAUCAAUUGCUGAAUACCCAUCUGUCUUUUUGGAGAAAGAUACGUUUAAUUUUUCUAGUCAUGAGUCAACACACUACUUGGAUGACUUUUAUCUGCCUUUUCACACAGUCAUUGAAGUUGCCUGUCUCUCUGUUGUACUUGUAUUGCUUCUUUUCAGGAUGAAAUGGAUGGGAGUGAGGCAUUUCUUUCGGCAUUUCCGCUCAGUCUUGAAGCUGUUUCUCAUUGGUAUCAUGUACGUUGAGGUCAUUGUUAUAUUGAUCAGAUUUCGCAAUCACAUUCGUGUUUUUCGUGCUCUCCGUCCCGUAUUCUUGCUUGACAGUCAUUAUUGUCGUGGAGUUCGCCGUAUGGCCCGACAGAUUUUGCAGUCUAUGCCCCCAAUUCUGGAUAUGAUGUUACUCCUUAUAGCAUUUAUCCUUGUAUUUGCUCUAUUUGGGUAUUUUCUGUUCAUUGAUGCCAAGAACAGCAUUUAUUUUGUCGAUCUUUGGACAUCAUUUGUCAGUUUAUUUAUUCUUCUUACUACGGCGAACUUUCCCACUGUCAUGAUGCCUGUCUAUUCUGAGUAUUGGUGGGCUCCAAUUUUCUUCAUUGCUUUCCUUUGUAUCGGACUGUAUUUGAUCAUGAAUCUUCUUUUGGCUGUUGUUUACAGCACAUUUAGCACAUUUGAAAAAGAAAAAUUUCGAAAAUUGUUUUUGCAUAAACGAGAGGCUCUCUGCCGAGCAUUUGAUGUCAUACACGGCUCCCAGAAUAUGAAUUUCGAGCAGUUUUCUGGACUAAUGAAAGUCCAUAAACCACAUUGGAACAACUGGCGAGUGCUUUGCUGUUUUAAAGCCCUUGACAAAGACAACAGCAAUAGUCUUUGCCUCCAAGAAUUUCUUCACUUUUAUGAAGUCAUUAACAUGAAAUGGAUACAAUACAGUGAUCUGGAGGGUGAGGCUCGAUGGUAUAGCUGGAUUAAAACAAAGAGAAUUCGUAAAUUUUUCCGGGGAAUAACCAUAUUUGUUGAGCAUAAAAUUUUCAAAUACAUCAUCAACUUUUCUUUGAUCUGCUUUGGCAUAUUUCUCAUCUACGUGGCAGCUGAAACAGGAGCGCAGCCAGAGUCUGUCAAUGUGAUAGUAAAUGGCACAAAUGUCUCUCUAGGUGGCAGAUGUAUCUACCUUAAUAAAGAGAACACUGUGUACUGGAUCAAUGUCUUUUUCCUUGCUUUGUAUUCCAUUGAAGCUGUACUAAAGCUGGUUGGACUUGGUUUGAUCCCUUACUUCAGUCAUGCAUGGAAUGUGUUUGAUUUCCUUUGUGUGUUGCUCUCAGCUGUUGGCAUGACAGUUGACCUUGCCAAUUACAAGUCAUUGCCUCUUUACGAAGCGUGUUCAGAUGGACACAGUGCAAAAGAUUGGUUGCGAUAUGUUCUUUAUGCUCGAGUUAUUCGACUGUUCAGACUCUUUCAGAUCAAGCAACGAUAUCGAGAUGUGCUCGGUACGCUGUUUGCGCUAUUGCCUCGGAUGUUCAAUGUGGGAUUGCUCAUCAUUUUGCUUUACUUCUUCUUUGCUAUCAUUGGCAUGGAAUGCUUUUCUUUCCUGCUUUACCCUGGUUGUUGCACAAAAUACUGGACACCAGGAUUCGAUGUGCAAUCAAAUUACAAUGGCAAUACCACAUAUCCUGAUCAACACACGUAUUUCUUGAACAACUUCAACAACAUUCUUCGUUCUUAUGUACUUCUGUUUGAGCUCAUGAUUGUCAAUAACUGGUAUAUCGCUAUGAAUGCAGUGACAGCAGAGUCUGGAACUCAGUGGACAAGACUGUACUUUAUGAUCUUUUUCAUUGUCUCUGUCAUUAUCGUAGCCAUCGUCAUCUCAUUCAUCUUGGAUGCUUUUCUAUUCAGGAUGGAGAGCUAUGAUAACGCUCGAGGUCAAGUAUUUGGUGAAGGGGUCGACACAAAAGAUGUUUAUAUUUCAAAAGAUGAAUAUCAGCAAUUUUGUCAGAAAUUGCCAAAUCUGAUUAAUGAAAAUGGCUCAUGGAUGCAUUUGCGAUACAAGGGAAAGAGGAAGAAAACCAAGGCUGAUUUCCGUCUGCAGAUGUAUGCAGAUGAGGCGAAAGAGUGGGCAGUCGAGCAGGAUGCUAUACUUGAACGAGAGAGAUCUACUGCUGCAACCAGAGGCCCAUUGGCAACUUUGACACAUGAUCGUAUGCUGCCGGAUGGCCCAGAUCUUGUAGAGAAUCACUUUUCCAAUGACUUAAGUGUUAGCGUCCAACCUGCUUCUGUAGUACAGACAGAAUGAGUUUAGCUAAGGAGGAAGUUACUGUCAUUGUCGACUUGGUAAUCUAUUGUUAUUGCAGACAUUCUAGAAUUGUUUUUAAACAGUGUAUAUAUACAUCUAUGUUUUCUAUAAAGCUAACGUGUACUAUUGAGUGGAACUCUGUCUGUGUAGGUCAUCAAAUCAAUUUCACUGAUUUCAGAUAAACAAUUUGUUGAUUGACCAUGAACUAAUCAUUACCCAUGCAUACACUGGUGAGGCAAUCGCCUC